AUGAAAGCCGCACGCGAGCCAGAAAACUGUAGAAAAGAUAUUGUCAGCGGAUCGCGAUAUCAAGAACAAAUAGCGAAGAAUUUCAACGGGCACCAACAUCCUAUCACGCUAUUUUUCAGCGCUGACGGUGUUCCUUUAUGUCGAUCAAACACAAAGUCCGCGUGGAUUUUUUCGGCCUACACAAUCGAAAUUCCUCCACAAUAUCGAUAUUCAUUUAGAAACAUGUGUUUAUUCCAGUACAGCAUUGGGCCAAUCAAACCAUAUUUAUCCGUAACAUUAGCCCGGACGUUGAAACAAUUGGUUCAACUGAAAGAACAUGAUCUGGAAUUAUAUUUUCAAAAUCGCUCGAUUUCGUUUCACGUCGAUUAUUUAUUCUUUGUGGCUGAUUUUCCUGCUUUAUAUUUGUUCUUAAAUUUUAUCAGUAGUACCGGUUAUAAUUCAUGUUUUACCUGCUUGGCUCCUGGCGAUUAUGACCGACAACUGGGUAAAGUUGUUUAUCAGAAAGUCGGCUACCAGCUUCGAACGAAUCGCAUGUAUUACGAUGAUUUAAAAAUUGCUCGCCAAAAAAAAGCAAUAUCCCAAGCAAUGAAGAAGAUACCAACGUGUCCUGGAAUAAAGGGUGAAUCUGUUCUUGAUUCGAUCUUUCCUGAUAAACUGAUUACGUCGGUAAACUAUGAUUAUAUGCAUAGCACGAUAAAGUGUGUAUCAGAGCUCCGUAUGGACUGGACUGAGUCCAUAGUCCAGUCCAGUCCAGCCCAUGUGGACUGGACUGGAUUUUUUGGUUUUCAUGGACUCGGACUGGUCUGGACUCAAACUUUAAAAACCAUGGACUGA